AUGAGGCAGGCGGAGUGUAGGGCUGAAGGAGGCCCUCUUUCUUCGGGUGCCAGGGUAUACGAGGAGAUGAGCAACGUGCAGAAGCAGCUUCUUCGGGACUACUUGUCGAGCAAGUUGGGGGCCACCAGCGACUGGCGCCGGGUGGUGUCGCGCCGGGUGGAGGAGGUUGUGCGCCGCAGGGCGCGAUCGGGAGAGUCGCUGGACGCCCACGACGUGGUGGGCGAGGUGCUGCCCUUUUCUCGCUCUAUUAUCCCCGCCGAGGUGCGUGAGGGGCUUUUCCGCCACAUCGCAGGCGCGCUACGCCUGAGCGAUGCGCAGGACUGA